CUGGCCGCAGACACCUGACGCUGUCAAACCGUAAACUGUAGCGAAAUCCCUUAACUUGCUGUGAUUUGUUUGACUUGAGUUGAGACGUUUGAGUCCUACUGCAGACACCAUGAACCGGACAUUCUCUAGCAUGAGCUACUCUGGUAGUGCUCCUAGCAGGUAUUCUGGAGUGAGUGCCCUGAGCGCACGGGUUGGCAGUGGUAGGUCAACGCUUGGCAGGUCUUCUGCCCAGGUGUCCUACAGCAGUAUGGGGGGAGGUUUUGGUGUAGGUUUGGGGUCCAGUGGCGGCUUUGGUGGUACUGGUGCCAGCUUCGGUAGUGGAGCAGGAUUUGGGGGGGCUGGUGGAGUAGCAUUAAGCGGGGGUGGAGUCAUAGUCAAUGAGAAGGAAACUAUGCAGGACCUGAAUGACCGCCUGGCAAAUUACCUGAAGAGGGUGAAGGAAUUGGAAGAUGCCAAUAGAGAACUGGAAGUCAAACUGCAUGAUUUCACUAACACCAAGACAGUGACAAGCCAUGACUACUCUAAAUAUGAGGAGAUUAUCCAGCCUUUGAGGGAUCAGAUUUUGCAGCGCAUUCUUGAAAAUGCCCACCUGUCUCUAGAGGUGGACAAUGCAAGAUUAGCAGCAGAUGAUUUCCGCACCAAGUAUGAGACUGAGCUUGCACUGAGGCAGUCUGUUGAAGCUGACAUUAAUGGACUGAAUGCCCUGAAGAAGGAAUAUGUGUUCAACCAAAAAAAUCUGGAGAGCGACUUGUCUGGGCUACAGGAUGAGCUGGAAUAUCUGAAGAAGAACCACGAAGAGGAAAUAGAGUCUGUGCGAUCCCAGGUGGCAGGUACUGUUAAUGUAGAACUUGAUGCAGCACCAACAGUUGACCUACAGAAGCUCAUGGAUGAUAUGAGGCUGGAAUAUGAGGCAACAUUAAAGAAGACUCAAAGGGAAGCUGAAGCGUGGUACCUCAAACAGGUGGAGAUAAAGCAAGUAGAGUCAGCACCAACCACUCAAGCAAUCGAAACCAGCAAAAUGGAACUUACGGAAUUGCGAAGAAGCAUGACAACAUUACAGUCUGAGUUGGAUGCUCUCCUGGGCAUGAAAGCAUCCUUGGAGCAAACUUUAAGAGAUACAGAAGCCAGAUAUGCAGAGCAAGUGAACCUGAUCAAUGCAUCAACACUUCGAGUGCAAGAUGAACUCACUGACUUGCGUGAAAAUAUGAAACUCCAGUCACAAGAGUACCAGAAUCUCCUGAAUGUAAAAGUUUACCUUGAGAAUGAAAUUGCCAAAUAUAAAAUAUUGCUUGAAGGGGCAGAUGCCAGCACUCUAAGUGGUUCAGAAGGACAGACGACAGUAAGUGUGAAAACAACUGUAACUGAAAUCAAGAAGUGACUUCCAGAAUUUUCUAACACAACAGGAGAGCUACACCUGUACAUGAAAGAAGAUGCUGCCUAAAAUAUAACGCUUCCUGGUUUCUGUAUAUCAACCUCUAAACAAUCUAAACCCCAAAGAAUGAACUCAUGUAGUCUGGUCUUAUCCCAUACGGGGUGUGUGGUUCCAAAAUUUGGGGUAUACUGUCUGUUUGGCCCUUUUUUCAUUUUUAUUCUGGUGCUUUUUGGUGAAGGAAUAGGCAAUGUAGCCAAAUAAAAAGAAAUUUAUUAGACUUUUCA